AUGGUGAAGGGUUGUCAGGGGGAGCGCGUCAAACUCUACGAGCGUGGAACUGUACGUGGGUACAAAAGGUCGAAAUCAAAUCAGUAUCCAAACAUAUCGUUUAUACAUAUUGAGGGAGUGAAUACUCAGGACGAAGUAGCUUGGUACCUUGGGAAGUGCAUGGCUUACAUUUACAAUGCCAAGGUUAAGAAGAAUGGCUCUCACUACGGUUGCAUUUGGGGCAAGGUUGUGCGCCCUCAUGGUAACAGUGGCGUCGUUCGGGCCAAGUUCAAGUCCAAUCUUCCCCCAAAAUCCAUGGGAGCUAGAGUGAGGGUGUUCCUGUAUCCAAGCAAUAUUUGA